AUGCGGAUCUAUCAGUCUGCCGUCUGCCUUGCGGAUGGAAUCGCCCAGGCGCUGAUCAAGGCCGAGUCGAGGUGCGUCGAGCUGCAGCGCCUUGUGACGCAGAUGGAGGCCGACGCCGAGGCCCAGCGGCAGGAGGUCGCGCAGCUGCGGGAGGCCUCGCGCGGAGCGGGGCGCCGAGACCGGCAGAGCGAGGCGGCGCACAGGGCGGAGGUGCGCUGCGCGGCCCUGCAGGAGCGGGCCGAGCGCAGCGAGGCGCAGCGGAGCGCCCAGGCCGAGGAGCUCAGCAAGCUGCGUGAGGAGCACGCGCAGCUGCAGAGGGCAUGCGCAAGCACUGCUGGUGCCCAGGCUGAGGAGUUGAGCAAGGCCGAGUCGCGCGGCAGGGCGCUGCAGGCGAGGCUGCAGCGGGCGGACGCCUCCGUCACCGCAGGGGUGGAGGCGCUGCGGGAGGCGGAGCGGCAGUGCUCGCAGCUCAAGGAGCGGCUGGCCUCCAGCGAGGCCGACGUGCGCGCGGCGACGGAGGAGCUCCAGAGGGAGAGGGCCAAGGCCAUCGCUGGUGGCGCAAGUUCCCCUGAAGGCGGCGACGCCGCGAGAGACCGGGCCGCGGAGGAGCUGCGCCGGGCGCAGGCGCUCUGCCAGACGCUCCGGCAGUGGGCCGAGAGGACGGAAGCGGAGGCGACGGGCAAGGCGGAAGAGCUCCGCAGGGAGAAGGCCGCCAGCCUGCAGCUCCGCCAGCGCGUGGAGGCCCUGGAGGCGGCUGCCGGCGACAGCUCGAAGGAGCUCACCGUCCUGAGGUCCCAGAGCCGGGAGCUGCAGUCGCAGCUGGCGCGGCGGGGCGCGGAGGCGGCGGCGAGGACCGAGGAGCUGGAAAGGGCCAAGACGCAGUGCAAGGAGCUCUCGGAGCGAGUGGUUCGCGCGGAGGCGGACGCCGCGGCCAGCCAGGAGGAGCUCCAGGCGGCGAGGGGCCUGUGCCAGGACCUGCGGGAGCAGGUCUCGCGGCAAGAGGCCGACUGCAGGGCGGCAGCCCUGGAGAGGAGGCAGGCGGAGGCGAGGUGCAGGCAGCUGUGCAGCGAGGUGUCUCAGAAGGAGAUGCAGGCGACCGUGGCGAGGCAGGACGUGCAUCGGGAGCAGUCCCGAUGCCAGGAGCUCGAGGAGCGCCUGGAGGCCAUGCGCACCGACCUGCUGGCGCAGACGGCGAGCGCCGCCGCCAAGGAGCGCGAGCUGGGCCGCCGGGCGGGGCCCCGCGGGCGGCCGGGCGGGGGCUCCCCCGGCGGCGCGGGCGCGGGGGAGCCGGCCGGGCUGGCCGCGCAGUGCCAGGAGCGCCCCGCGUGGGAGGCGGCGGCGGCAGGCAUCCGCAGCUGCGAACCUGGAGCCGAGUUCUACGCUGGAGCGCUCCAGAAUGCCUCCUACGAUUGGUUCCAAGCAGCAUCUGUCGCCAUCAACGAGAUUUGCCUCAUGCUUCAGGAUCUGGAACGAGAAUGUCAUGUACGUUCACUGGCGUUGAUGUCCUUGCUCUCCCUCGGGUUGCUGCUCUGCACACAGCCAUACGAGGUGGCCGAGACUGGCGAAGAUUAUCCGCUCAAUGCUGCCAAGGACCCGCAACGCGCGCUGAUUGCGCUGCAGAAGACCCGCGGCAACUUCGCCGACCUUCAGAUCCUCGCCGAGUCCACCGAACACCACGACAAAGCGUUCCACUCCGCCUGCGACGAGAAUAGGGAGACCGCUGGAGGCGUCGGCUUCUGGGUGCUCUACGACAGGCAGGAGCCCCGUCUCCCCGGACAGAACGCCCUCGUCGCAAUCCCUGCGCGCCCCGCCGACGCCGCCGUGACGGGCCGCCAUCAUUACCAGCUCACAUUCUGGAAGCGAGUCUUCGCAUCGGUGGCGCAGGCGGAGGGCCCGCCUGCGAAGAGGGGCGCGAUUGCCUUCGCCUCCGGCUCCAAGCACCGCGCUUUCCAGCGCGCGCUCUUCCUGGGCACGGUGGAUUCGUCGGACUUCGACCCGCUCUCGAAACAGCGCAUCGCGACCCUGGGGGCGCGGCGAGCUCGCGACGCCCUCGUCAAGACGCGCACCGCGGAGCAACAUGACAUCGACCCGCGCGUCUGUCAAGGGGCGCGGACCGUGACGCUGCGAGGCAUGGCCGCGGUCACCGAGAUGCAGCAGUUCCUCGCCGACGUCUACCCCCUGCUCGCGCUGCGCGCGCUACUACGCGCAGCUCCAUCCAGCACCGCCCAUAUGGACAUCUUGUCCCUCAAGCGCUGGGCCGGGUUUGAGAUGCUGCUGGGGAUCGAGGCCACGCUGUCGUCCGCGAUGGGGGCCAAGCUCUCCAUCGCCCGGCUUUUCGGGGCGAUUGUGAGCGACAGGCUCUCCCCGACGCGCAAGUUGGACGACGCGCGCUAUGAUGGGGAGAUUCGCAGCAGGGCCCAGAGCCGCGGCAGGGCCCGAGGACGUGGACGCGCAUCGAAGGCAAAGUCUCCACAACAAGCGUAUCUACUCGAUCUCCAGAACAACCUCGACUACGACGCCUUCGAUCAGACAAUCAGUAAGCGCCUAAUACACGCGCGCGACCCCUUCACGGGCGUCGAGGGGGCCAAGCCAGUCAACCUUUCCCUCGAGUGCACUGAGGCAUGGGUAAUGCAAUGGAUCCCGAGCGUGUUCAUGAACCCCAGCAUCGGCGACUACAAUGACUGA